CAUCGUUUUCUCUCCCCCCGCUUCUUUUUUCUGUUAUCCCACUCCCCUCCAAAAAGAGAAAGGGAGAGAGAGAGCUGUUUUCCCCUUUUGCUCAAUCUGCGCUUGGCAGCAGGAGAACUGUCAGCCGCCUGAAUGAUCUGAUUCUUCCCUUGCGCCAAUUUAUUUCUGGCCAGAUGCAGUGGAUUCUGUUCCUGUUGCUGUUAUUCGUAAACUCCAUGGAAAUGCUCGCUCAAGCCAGGAGGAAGAAACGAGUAAGCACCACGUUGUUUGAGAACUGCACCGGGUGCGUCAUGUGUUCGGAAGACAACGGCUGCAUCUCCUGCCAGCAGAGGCUCUUCCUGCUCAUCUGGAGGGACGGGAUCCGGCAGUACGGGGCCUGCGUCCACGCCUGUCCACCGGGAUACUUUGGGGUGCGAGGCCAAGAGGUCAACCGUUGCAUUAAGUGCAGGUCUCCCAGCUGCGACAGCUGCUUCAGCAAAGACUUCUGCAUGAAAUGCAAAGAGCAGUUCUACCUGCACAAAGGCAAAUGCUUCAGCUCGUGUCCCCAGGACACUGUGGCCCAGCACAGCACCCGGGAAUGCCAAGAAAAAUGUGAGGUGGGUCCCUGGGGCAGCUGGAGCCCCUGCAACAACCAAGGACGGACGUGCGGCUCCAAGUGGGGCUCGACGACCCGGGUCCGCGAGGUCCUCAGGCCCAGCAAAGAUGAGGCAGCCAUGUGCCAGACGCUCUCCGAGUCCAGGAAGUGCCGAUUGAAGAAGAUCUGUCCGGGAGAGAACAAGGAAAAGAAAAAGAACGCAAAAAGGGAGAGGAAACAGAGGAGGAAGAAAAAGCUGGAAUCUCUCAUGGUUAUUUAAUCGCCGUCAGAGCAAGUGGAAAUGUCAGGGAGGGGAGCAGUACAUGAGGCAGUCCAGCAGGGGGCAUCCUAGUGGACGAAAAAAAAGACCUUCUUUCUCUGCCUCUGCGAGGUUCCUUCCUCUGCUAUUUUUGCAGUGUUGUUGUUUUUCCAUCUUUUCCAUCCAGAUCACGUUGCACAAUCCUUCUUUCCAGAAAGAGAGAAAAGGAAGCCUUUGCGGCCUGUCAGAUGUUUCCCCUUUAGAGGUCCUAAUUUGUUGCCACACACGCAUCUCCCUCCUCACCCCCAGAUUGCCGGCACAGACAGAACAGUAUGGAAAAGAACGCCGGGGGCCGUACGGCGUUGUGUCGCUGACACUCCCUGCACAGCCUUCGUUGGAAAGGCACCCCAGAGGGACUCAGAGAAGAGCGAAGAAGGAGGAGGACGUCUCCCAUAGGACGGAAAGAGGCUGUAAUUCAAAUGUGGAGCACCUGUUUGGGGCUCAAAAAGACCUCUCUGAACCCCUGGAGAGCUGCUGCCAGCCAGUGUAGGCAAGCUGAGUUAGAUGGACCAAUGACCUGACUUGGUACGAGGCAGAUUCUUUUACGUUCCAGAAGCGGCAAGUCACCCUGACUCGGUGGCCUGUAGGCUUGUGUUUGUUGUUGUUGUCAUUUAGUCGUGUCCGACUCUUCGUGACCCCAUGGAUCAGAGCACGCC